AAUAAAAAGUAAACAAGAUUUAACUUGCUGUUAAAAGUUAACCUUAAAAAUGAAUCCUCUAAGAAGCUUAUUAGUAAAGACUAAUUUAUUGAAAUCUUAUAAAGUCAUUUACAAUAUUCGAAAAUAUGUGUCAUCAAACAAUAGUUUGUUACAAAAGGAUCAAAAGAAUGUCUACUUAGUGGAUGAGAAUGAUAAUAGUGACCAUGAAAUUAAUAUUGCAGCAUUCAACAAAUUCACUAAUCGUAGCUUUACCUGUGGUGAAUUGAAUACUGAACAUAUAGGAUUAAGGGUUUCAAUGUGUGGAUGGUUAGAGUUUCAUCGAAUGGGAAAGUUUCUGGUAUUGCGAGAUGGUUACGGGCAAACACAAUUUCUCAUUGAAAAUAACUCAGAGCUGGCGAAGAAAUUGGCUCAAAUUCCGUUCGAGUCGAUUCUCAAGAUCGAAGGUACUGUCGUGGCGCGACCGGCCGAUAUGAUCAAUAGGAAACAAGCGACGGGCGAAAUUGAGGUUCUCGUGAAGAGUUUGGAAGUCCUCAACGAAUGCAAGUCUCAAUUGCCGUUCAACAUACGAGAAUUCCAGAAGGCCAAAGAAUCGUUACGCAUGCAAUACAGAUAUUUGGACAUGAGGUUUCCAGAAAUGCAGAGAAAUCUACGGGUGCGUUCAAAGAUGCUAAAGAAUAUGAGGGAGUUUUUGGUCGAUGAUUGCGGAUUCGUUGACGUCGAAACACCUACUUUGUUCAAGGCUACACCUGGAGGAGCUCAAGAAUUUGUUGUUCCUACUCGAUUUCCCGGUCAAUUCUAUUCGCUGGUUCAAAGUCCUCAGCAGUUCAAGCAGAUGCUUAUGGCCGGUGGAAUCGAUCGGUAUUUUCAGAUAGCCAGAUGCUAUAGGGAUGAAACAUCGAGACCAGAUCGUCAACCAGAGUUCACUCAGUUGGAUAUUGAGAUGUCAUUUACAUCGAUGGAAGGCAUAAUGAAGCUUACCGAAGAACUUUUGCAGUAUUCUUGGCCUUCGUUCCUGGAUCCAAUACCGAGACGUUUCAAUCGCAAAAGCUUCAAAGAAGUGUUCGAAAUUUACGGCACGGACAAGCCUGAUUUACGAUACGAUUUUAAAAUUCGCGAUUGCACGGAAUUUCUGGAAUCCAAUGAUGCUUAUGCUGGUUGCUUGGUGUUUCAUAAGCCUCUGGGAAACCUCACGAAGUCGGUUAGAGAAAGGUUGAAUAUUAAUCAAUUUCCGGGAACGAAAAUGAUUAUGAAAAAAAUCAAAUACAAAGACGAUUUUGCUGAAAGUUGCGCAAAAAUUUUGACUAGAGAAGUCGGCGAAAAAAUCUUCGAUAAAUGUGAAUUGAAGGAAGAUUCGAUCGUGUUCUUAGUUUUUGGUGAGAAAAAUAAUGCUUUGAAAAGGUUAGGGAAAUUACGCACGGAUUUUGUUGAUCAUUUGGAGGAGUGUGGACAUAAAAUAAAAAAGGCUGGAAUGCACUUCAUGUGGAUAGUCGACUUUCCUCUCUUCGAGGAGGAAGAUGGGAAGCUUUGUUCGGUUCAUCAUCCAUUCACAUCACCGAAUUACGAAGACUUACAUUUAAUUCGAACGAACCCCUUGCAGGUGAGAAGUCAAAGUUACGAUUUGAUAUUGAACGGAAACGAGAUAGCCGGAGGAUCCAUCCGUGUACACAACGCGGAUCUUCAAAAAGAACUGCUUUCUCUUCUGGAUAUAAAAACCGACAGUUUAAUGCACAUGUUGGAUAUGUUAUCGUUGGGAUGUCCUCCUCAUGGUGGUAUAGCUAUCGGUCUGGAUAGACUCCUAUCGUUACUUCUGCACACUAAAAGUAUUAGAGAUGUGAUCGCGUUUCCGAAGACUUUCGAUGGCAAGGAUCCGUUAAGCGGGGCCCCCAACGUAAUAGGAGAGGCCGACAAGAAAUUGUACCAUAUAAAAAGUAUUGAAUAAGAAUAUUUAUUUAC